AAGAUAGAAUACUUUUCAGUUUGACAUUCGAUAGAAAAUGAAAGAAACUGCAGCAAAUUUUGACUGUUCUUGCUGCAAGUUUCAUCCACACCCUUAUGGCUUAAAUUAGUGAUCCAACGAACUCCGACGAUGAGAAAAUGGACAAAGAUGCACUUGCAGCUCUGCUUUUUUUCAUCAUACUACUUUUGAUUCAAUCUAAACUCAGCACUGCUGCAGAUCCUAUCUACACAGAUUGUCCAAAUGGCCCAUCAACAAAAAACUAUUCUCUCAACACCCCAUUUGAAAACAACCUCAGGGUGAUUCUUCAGAACUUGACUUCCAGAACUCCAUUAACGGGUUUCUACAACACUUCUAUGGGAAAUAAUCCUGACAGAGUCCAUGGCCAGGCACUUUGCAGAGGAGAUACCGACGCCAAAACUUGCCAAUCUUGCAUCGACACCGCUGCCCGACGACUUCUGGAGACUUGCAAGAGCGUAAAUGCAAUUAUCUGGUAUGAAUCUUGCCAAGUCCGAUACUCUAUCCAAUCGUUUUUCUCCAUGCAAGUUUACACUGGAAAGUACGUCGAAUGGGAAACUCAAGGGAAAAAUAUAUCCAACCCAGAUCAUUUUAAUAAGAUUUUGACGUAUCUAAUGAGAAAUAUCACAAGUGAGGCUGCGUAUAAUUCAUCAAAGAGAAUGUUUGCAACUGGGGAAGUGAAAUUUUCUCAGGAAAAAAUAAUUCAUGGUCUUGUACAGUGUACUAGAGACAUUAAAGAAGCUGAUUGCCAUAGUUGUUUGAAUCAAGCUCUUGGUGAUCUUCGUGGGUGUUGCUAUGCGAGUCAAGGUGGAAUCAUUGUCAGUAGAAAUUGCAACGUGAGAUUUGAGCUGUAUAGCUUUUACAAUUCUUCUGGAAAUUUAUUGAAAUAUCCCACUUCAAAAGGGGAUAAAUGGAAACCGUGGGUGAUUGCUCUUGUUGUGAGUAUACCGACACUUGUACUCACAGUUCUCAUUGUCUCUUGCAUUGUGUAUCAGAAUCUUAAAGGAGGACAAGAAGAAGAUGAGAAAAAAAGCCAGCUUGCAUUAUUACAGGAACUGGCAAGUCCUAAAGGGAUCUCCAUGACACAAGCAUGUGAGUUGAUGAGUUCUGAAGAACUACCUUUCUUGGAUCUAUCAAUUAUAAGGGCAGCUGCAAACAACUUUGCAAAUGCAAAUAAACUUGGGCAAGGUGGGUUUGGCACUGUCUACAAGGGUGUGUUGCCUGAUGGGAAGGAAAUAGCUGUUAAAAGGUUGUCAAAGAAAUCAUGGCAAGGGUUUGAGGAGUUUAAGAAUGAAGUCAUAUUAAUUGCAAAACUUCAACACAGAAACCUUGUCAGGCUAGUUGGAUGUGGCAUUGAAGAAGAGGAGAAAGUGCUCAUUUAUGAGUUCAUGCCCAACAAGAGUCUUGAUUUCAUUAUUUUUGAUUCUGAAAGACGCAAACAACUUGAUUGGAAGACAUGUUUCAACAUUAUUGGAGGAAUUGCAAGAGGACUUCUUUAUCUCCAUGAAGAUUCCAGGCUUAAAAUCAUUCACAGGGACCUGAAGCCUAGCAAUGUAUUAUUGGACCAUGAAAUGGCUGCCAAGAUUUCAGAUUUUGGCAUGGCGAGAAUCUUUGACGAAAACCAGAAUACAGAAAAGACCAGAAGAGUUGCAGGAACAUAUGGAUACAUGUCUCCAGAGUAUGCAAUGGAGGGACUAUUCUCUGUAAAAUCUGAUGUUUUCAGUUUCGGAGUUAUAUUGCUAGAGAUUUUAAGUGGAAAGAAGAACAGUGGCUUUUACCAUACAGAGCUUGCCCCAACACUCUUAGCCUACGCAUGGCAGCUAUGGAGUGGAGGAAAAGGACAGGAAUUUAUAGAUCCUAUGUUGUUGGAAACAAGUCCGACAGAAGAAGUUGUAAGAUGCUUACAUAUUGGACUUUUAUGCAUACAAGAAGAUCCAGAAGACAGACCCACCAUGUCAUUUGUACUUGUACUGUUGGGAUUUAAAUCAGUUGAUCCUCCUGAGCCAAAACCACCAGCAUUUUCUUUAGGUAGAAUCGUUCAAGUUGAUAAGCCUCUGAUAGCUGAUCCUUCAAUGGAUCAGAUAAAUUCUGUUAUCUUCCCAAGAUGAACAUUGAUGAGAUUAAUGAUUUGUUGGUGUAACAGGACAGUGAAUCAAUUAUACUCUAAUGUUUUUCCUUUCAAAGAAUUUAAAGAAAACCUACGAAUCAAGUAAUACAGAGACUUCGAAAUCAAAGCAGCUGCAAGAAGUGUUUACUGAGAAAACUAGAUCAAUUCGACAGGAUGCCGAACUUGCAGAAUAUUAGUUAUUUGGGCACGAACCUUUCAAACUUCAAACUGGAAAACUAAGUAUUCCAAUUGACUAACUCCACAAGGAAAAAACAAAUAACUUUGGUAUUCAAAUUGGCAGGUGAAUCCUCAUGUCAGCUACCUAUGUCACAUCUUUGUUUUAACAAUAUCCAAUGCCAUUCAGUUUGAUAACUAAUCCCUUUGAAGAAUAAUUUGUUAUUAUGUAACUCAGACACGAAAGCUUUGUCCACCAAUGAGUUGAGAAUUUUAACUUAGUCAUCCAAUAAAUGCUGUGGUCCUGUGGAUGGCCUGCAUCAAUUAAACAACAAGUAGAUGAGUAUUUUAUUUAGAUUUUUCAGUUAUAUUUGGUGCCAUCAAUGAAAUUUACG